AUGCUGAUUAAUUGCGAAUUAAUUGCUGGACCAUACCAUUGCGCCGAUUAUACGGAUGCUUAUGGUCAUUUAGCAACAAUUCAGAUACCUGGAAGAAUUUUUGCGCAGCAACCUGCUAGAAGAGGCGGCGGUGGACGUGGUUUCAAAUCAGUGGUUUAUUACCUUGUUUUGAGAGCAAUGUCUGAUCUUUCGGUUGAUCAGACAGUUACCUUACUGAAGAUCAGCGAUCGAGAGAAGUCGAAAUCAAAUGAAAAGCAAAUUUUGCUGGAAACAGCUGAUUUGCACAACAAUCUGGUAAUGCUGGCGGCUGGAAUUGUGUUGCGGACUUCAGGAGCACAGAAAACGUGUACGAUGGGUGAAAAGUUGCAGCAGCAAAAUCUCGCAUUGGAUGUCAUCGAAUGGCUUAUUGAUAAUUGGGUUUACACCUCGGCCCAUAAAAAUCUGCUGAAUUUGGCGGAAAUGAUUAUUGAGAACGUGGAUGCGAUAUUUGCGAACUGUUUCGUAGCAUCACCCCGAACAAUUGCACACAAAUGGAGCGCCAAAUUAAUCUAUCUCCUUCGGACGGUCUCAAAUGCAGAUGAAUGUGUUUAUUCGAAGUUGCUGUACGUGUUGCUGUCGUGUUCCACUCGAAUUGUGAUCAGUCUUCAUGCAGUGAAAAGCGCCGGAUCCCUACACUGGUUCUCCGUGUUCAUCUUUUCUCUCCUUAAGGUAAUGUACGACUGGUCCUCAACUGUACUAUCGCUGUGGCCACGCGCACCUUCGAAAUCAAGCGAAUGUAUGAUUUCAGACUAA